UCUGAGCGUAAUUCCAUCGUCGUCUCCGCGAGUUCUUCUCUGCAUCAAGGCCAUAGAAACAAACCCAAACAAAAGUUGUUUCCUUUAAUUAUCUCUUCUUCUCUCAAUUCUCUCUUCCCAAAUUUUGUAAAAGAUCUAUAGGUGUGAUCCUGGGGAUUUCCCUGGCGGGUCAUACAUACGCAUCGAUCAAACCAUUCGAAUUUGGUCCUCUUCUCGCGAAUCAAAAAAGGAUUCAUAAAUUUCGGGUUUCUUAGUGAAUAGACAAGAAAGAGAUGGGUGUUCCGUUAGUCUGCCACGGGCAUUCUCGUCCCGUCGUCGAUGUUUCAUACAGUCCGGUGACUCCAGAUGGGUUCUUUCUCAUUAGCGCCAGCAAAGAUUCGAACCCGAUGUUGAGGAAUGGGGAGACUGGUGACUGGAUAGGGACUUUUGAAGGACACAAGGGAGCCGUUUGGAGUUGUGGCCUUGACAAAAAUGCUAUGCGUGCUGCCUCAGCUUCUGCAGAUUUCACGGCGAAAAUAUGGAAUGCAUUGACUGGAGAUGAAUUGCACUCCUUUGAACACAAGCAUAUUGUUCGUGCAUGUGCCUUUUCACAGGACACUCAUCUUUUACUCACUGGUGGAAUGGAGAAAAUUCUUCGGAUAUUCGAUUUGAAUCGACCAGACGCAGCUCCAAAAGAAGUUGGAAAUUCUCCUGGUUCAAUCAGAACUGUCGAAUGGCUUCAUAGUGAUAAUACUAUAUUAAGCUCUUGCACAGAUACUGGUGACGUUAGGUUAUGGGACAUAAGAAGUGACAAGAUUGUUCAAACAUUAGAAACAAAGUUCCCAGUUACUAGUGCUGAAGUAAGUCAUGAUGGGCGAUACAUAACUACUGCUGAUGGAUCUAGUGUUAAAUUUUGGGACGCCAAUAAUUUUGGAUUGCUGAAGAGCUAUGAGAUGCCUUGCAACGUUGAAUCGGCAUCCUUGGAACCGAAACACGGGAACACUUUCAUUGCUGGAGGAGAAGAUAUGUGGGUCCAUAGGUUUGAUUUCCGGACUGGAGAGGAGAUUGGGUGUAACAAGGGUCACCACGGACCAGUGCAUUGCGUGAGGUAUGCACCAGGAGGGGAGUCAUACACGUCAGGCUCAGAAGACGGGACGGUCAGAAUAUGGGAGGUGGGUUCAGUGAACCAUGAGGAGAGUAAUCUGAGCGGUCACGUGAAGCUUGUGGCAGAGGAGGUUGUGCGUAAAGCUGAAAGUCUGCGUAUAAAUGAGAAAGCCUCAGAAGCCAAAUGAAAAAGCGUUACUUAUUAUAUUAGCUUUUGAUAUCAUAGUUGGAGACUAGAAUGAUCCCUUCUCCUUUUUUUUUUUUUUUUUUGGCUUCCUACAAAAUCCUCAUGAAGUUUUGGCUUGUCAUUUUUUUCAAUAAAAUGAACAUUUU